CGCAGGAGAGAGGAGCGAUAUUUUCCCCGCCCUAGACUCUCAGGCAUGGAGGACUCCGGAGGUUCUCUCGGUCUGGCCCGAUCCGCUGCGCAGAAACUUUCCGAACGCACGAGGCAGCUGGGCGGCGCGGUGCACGAGCCCGAGCGCCAGCGCAGGAUCAUCCUCGUGAUCGUGUGUCUCGCUCUGCUCUUAGACAACAUGCUCUACAUGGUGAUCGUCCCCAUCAUCCCAGACUACCUGGCCGACCUGGAGAAAGCCAAUGAGGCGGAGACACACAGUGAGAGCUCCACCAAGGAGAACCUGGACGUGAAGAUAGGAGUCCUGUUUGCCUCCAAGGCCAUCGUCCAGCUUUUUGUCAACCCUUUAUCGGGGACGUUUAUCGACCGGGUGGGUUACGAUAUCCCUCUGCUGAUUGGGCUGACGGUCAUGUUUUUGUCCACCACCGUAUUCGCGUUCGCUGAGAACUAUGUCACGUUGUUUGUGGCACGCAGCUUACAGGGUCUUGGUUCGGCGUUCGCAGACACAUCAGGCAUCGCCAUGAUUGCUGACAAGUACACGGAGGAGGGGGAACGCAGUCGUGCACUCGGUGUCGCCCUGGCGUUCAUAUCGUUCGGUAGCCUCGUGGCGCCACCGUUCGGUGGAGUGAUGUAUGAGUUUUUCGGUAAGCGUGUACCAUUUGUCGUGUUGGCAUGUGUGUGCCUGAUCGAUGGGUUCCUGCUGCUUACUGUGAUCAAACCCUUUUCAAACCGGACACGGGAGAACAUGCCCAUUGGCACUCCCAUCCACCGGCUCAUGGUGGACCCAUAUAUCGCCGUGGUGGCGGGAGCACUUACGGUCUGCAAUGUGCCUUUGGCCUUCCUCGAGCCCACAGUGGCCAACUGGAUGGAGACCACGAUGCACUCCACCAAAUGGGAGAUGGGUCUGACAUGGCUGCCAUCCUUCUUCCCGCACGUUCUUGGCGUGUUUGUGACAGUCAAACUGGCGGCCAAGUACCCACAACUGCAGUGGUUCUACGGUGCUUUAGGCAUGGUGAUCAUCGGCGCUAGCUCAUGCACCGUGCCUGCCUGCAAGACCUUUGGACAGCUCAUGGUGCCGCUGUGUGGUAUCUGCUUCGGGAUCGCGCUCGUCGACACAGCACUGUUACCCACACUAGCCUUCCUGGUUGACGUACGUCACGUGUCUGUUUACGGCAGUGUGUAUGCCAUUGCAGACAUCUCCUACUGCGUGGCAUAUGCCAUGGGACCCAUCGUGGCUGGACAGAUCGUCCAUAAUCUGGGGUUUGUCCAGCUUAAUUUGGGCAUGGGACUCAUCAACAUGCUUUACGCUCCCGCUCUGCUCGUGCUGCGAAACGUCUGCCAGAUGAAGCCGUCCUACUCCGAGAGGAAUGUGCUGCUGGAGGAGGGUCCCACAGGACUCUACGACACCAUCAAAAUGGAGGAGCGCAAGCUGAAAAGGAAAGGACUGAGCACUGCCACAAACACAGACAUCAACACUUCAACCAGUGCUCUGCCCAUAGAGGAUGGGUUCGGCUCGAGAUCAUUCUCUGAGGAGGAGUCGUCAGGACCAGAAUACACUUAACAUCUCUUAGAUAUAAAGGUGCUAGAGCAGGUUAUUUCCCAUACACAUUAAAAUAUAUUACCAUAUAUUUAAUUCACUUUUGUUUUAGUUCUUGGAGGUAUUUAAAGAGGCCACACUGAAACGUUUAGUAGAAAGUAAGAACUAAUUGAGAUUUUUUUAUUAUUUAAUUAUCAAUGUAGUAUUAGGCUCUUUAAGGCUCUAUGUUGUUCUUACAUUGCUUAAAGGACACUACUAUUAAAGAUGGCUCUAGACAAGAGCUUCCCCAGAGGGACAAACUGCAGAACACUUUAGAGUUACACAUUCGGCAUGUUAUGGCAGCUCUUUAUAGAACCAAGAAAAUAUAUGUAUUUAAUGAUCAUGGGAUUUUAAGGCAUUUCUGGCACAUUUAUUAUCCCAAAAAGGUAACUGGUUAAUUAUAAUUAAACAUCGUUCUAAUGCUAACAUUUCAGUGAGGCUUCUUUGGAAUAGACAGAGCCAAAAUUCCCCACAGUGUGUAAUUAAGUCAUGGAAAAUGGAAGUAUUUCUUUUUGGAUGACACAGGAUUUUAUAUCCACACUGCUGCUUGUACUGUGAAGUUUUCAUGAAAAUGUGUAAUAACUGUAUUAAAUCAUACAAUGAGUCGUAAUUCAUUAAUAUUACUAAGCUGCUUUCUUUUAAAUGUAUAGAAAUUAUAUGUAUAAAAAAACACAACAUAUAUUUCACAUAUGUUUCAAUAUUAAAAAUAGUAGCUUAUUUUUAUGUAAAAACAAACCCCAGAAGUGAUUGUAUUUGUUGUAUAUAAUACACUGGAGCUUUAACAAUAUGUAAGCCUAUUUUAGUCUAAUUAAAUCAAAAGAACAUGUUUUAAAUACUAAACUAUAAUAUGACACAUGUACAUAUAUGUAAAUCGAUGUAAAUUGGUGGCGUGUGAAUAUGUCAAUAUGAUCAAAUACAUGAAACUGAAAUGUUGAAAAAAAUGUGUAAAGGUAAGAAUGUAAGCUGUUAAACAGAAUGAAUGAACUA